AUGCAGGUGACGUUCUGCAGACUUCGGACUCACUAGUGGCGUUUCAUUCUGUUUAAUGUUAUCCUAUCUCAUGCUUUGCUCUUUGGAGCUGACUUCAUGGAAGAAUACUUUUUACAUGCUUUGCCUCACGUCGAUAUGAAAAUUCUUGAAAUUAAGAACAAGGCAAGAAAACCCAACAUGGGAUUCAUAAGAGGUACUCCCUCCAAGGACUAUGUUUUGAGCCAGCCGGAGGCAUGUAACGGGAAGCCCAUCUUUCUGCGUUCUAUCUUCAGUAGUCCAGGGAAUGGAACAAGAAGGGAGUGCAUGAGGACAACCUGGGGUAGUGUGACCAGUGUCCAAGGCUACCCAGUCCUUGCACUGUUUGCUCUGGGAACGGCAGCUCUGGUAACUACCCAGGAAGAGACAGACAUCGAGUCUCAGGAGAAUAACAACAUAAUUGAAGGGAUCUUCUUGGACAGUUCUGAAAACCAAACCCCGAAGAGCAUCUCAAUGAAGCAGUGGGCUGUGACUUUCUGUCCUAAUGCCCUGUUCAUAUUCAAAGCUGACGAAAAGAUGUUUAUCAAUCUACCAGGCUUGGUGGACUAUCUACUCAGUCUAAAAGAACAUCUAGAAGGUAUCUAUGUAGGAAGUGUUACUCACCAAGAUAAUCCUAAUAGAGACCCUAGCCAAGAAUUUGUCCCUCUUAGUGAGUACCCUGGCUGCUGCAGUGAUGAGGCCUUUACAAUGCCCCAAGACGCGGCUCACAUGUAUGUGGUUUUGAAUGAAGCACCUACAGUGAUACCGGCUGAUGCAUUUAUAGGGAUUUGUGCUUUGGAGAAGUCCGAUGGUCUUAUACCCAUCCAUAGCUCAAGGUUUUCUGAGAAGAGACACAUUGUAUAAAACAGAUGUUGCUACAAGUUCAUCUUUACAUCCUCAGAAGCUACAGAUGCUGAAACUUCCCUGGCAUGGAGAGAAAUGAAUGAUGGGAAAGGAUGUUCACUGUUUGAGACUUACUAUGGGCUCAUUUCCUGCAAACUUCUGACAUACCUCGACGGCUUUGGCUGUUUUCACGUGGGGACUGCACAAGGCAAUGCUGUGCACUUUUGUGGGUAGUAUUCACUUGUUUUUAAGUUGCUGUUGGCUCAGUGUAGGAAGCCGCUCUAUGUCCUCAUGUCGUGUAACAGCUCUGGAUCUCUAUUCAUGCCUAGGAAAACCACAAAACGUUCCUAGUGCUCUGAUGUACUCAGUCUUGACAUCUUCUCUUUGAUGUUUUAAGACAUUUAGAUUAGUAUGGUAUGAUUCUUUUCAAAAUAAAGUCUUUCAGAAAAGAGAGAACAUUAAGUUUCAUUCCAACAUAUUGUGGUGUGCAGUGAUACAUAUUUUAAAAAAUUACAUUUUUUAUUUUAUUUGUGUGUGUA